AUCCAUGGAGAUUUCAGUAAAAUAAUAAAACAGAAUGCAAAAGAUUUGUAAGAAAAAAAUCUGUAGGAUAAUAAUCAGUUUCUUCUUCACUCUUCCUCUUGCAAGUCUCAUCAAUGGCUGCCAAGCUCUCUCUCUCAUUCAUCCCUCAUUUUCCUCUUCCAGCAAGCGAUUUUCAUAAAACAUCCCAAUCUGUUCCUCUCUUCGGCCUUGCGCCGCUGUGUUCAUAUUCAUCGUUCGAGAAUCAAUUCCGCAAGAGCAUUUCAAGCUGCAGAUUACAAUCCCCAGCUAUUCGUGCAAUCAAUCAGGAGGUGGUUCAGUCUCCGAGUUCAGAAGCGAUCCGCGACAGGAAAACUGAUCCUGUUGCUUCUUCUAAACUCGUCCUCGUCGUCGGCGGUUCCGGCGGCGUCGGACAGUUGGUGGCAGCAGCUUUGCUUGACCGGAAUGUUAAAUUACGCCUGUUACUGCGAGACCCGGAGAAAGCAACUACAUUAUUUGGUGAACAAGAUGAAGAUUUGUUACAGGUAUGCAAAGGCGAUACAAGGAACCCAGAAGAUCUAGAUCCAUCUAUAUUUGAGGGUGUCACACAUGUGAUUUGCUGCACAGGAACGACAGCUUUUCCUUCAAGGCGAUGGGAUGGGGACAACACUCCUGAAAGAAUUGAAAUUGAAGUUGCACAUCUUCGGAUACUCAUAAGCACACCAACACACAGUCAAUUAUGCCUAUGCGCACUUUCUGACCAUGGCCUUAUAAUUGUAGAUUGGGAGGGUGUGAGAAAUCUCAUCUCAGCAGUUCCUCGAUCAGUAAAGAGAGUAGUUCUUGUUUCAUCGAUAGGGGUAACCAAAUUCAAUGAAUUGCCUUGGAGUAUUAUGAAUCUUUUUGGUGUUCUCAAAUACAAAAAGCAAGGGGAGGAUUUUCUUCGCGAGUCAGGUCUUCCGUUCACAAUUAUCAGAGCUGGUAGGUUGACUGAUGGACCAUACACCUCAUAUGAUCUUAAUACGUUGCUCAAAGCUACAGCCGGGCAACGGCGUGCCGUCCUCCUUGGUCAAGGCGAUAAACUCAUUGGAGAAGCUAGCAGGAUUGUGGUUGCCGAAGCUUGCAUACAGGCUCUAGACAUCGACUUCACUGAAGGACAGGCGUACGAAAUUAACUCAGUUGAGGGGGAAGGUCCAGGGAAUGAUCCCCAAAAAUGGAGUGAACUAUUCAAGGCUGCUCAGGCACAGUGAUUAGUUUCCCACAUAUCACUAACUCUCUUUCUUUUACUGUGUGUAUAUAUAUAAUCAUUCACUCUCUCCAGCCUCCACUUCUCAUGAUAUCUUCACUGCUUCCCUCCGAAUCUCUCUCUCUAAAUGUACUAUAAAAAUUUAAUGACCAAAAUAAGAUUUUUAUGCAAAGUUAAAAAA